AGGCUCCCCACAGACAAGACCAAAAUCGUCCGAUUUGUGAUGGCUUGCAGUGAUAGCGAACGAGCCGUUGCUUCCCCACUUGUCACCUUCAUGGUGUCGGAUCGGAAAAGAAUCUCGAACUUGCUGGGCAACACGGAUGAUGAAACUCUGUGUCGUCACGGGUAUGCGCGGCUUCAAGUCCAUGAGUUUCUUCUGGCUGUGGAUGACGAUCCCGAAAAGUUUGAGCUGUUGAUGCGACUUUGUCGACAAAAAGAGAUGCUCCAAGAGAUGAAACUGUGCUGCGGCUCGAAGAGUUCGGCUUCCUUGGAGACCUGUGUCACUUCAGGGUCAACGCAGGCCAGUGGCUUUGGCAGCUCACAGAGGGAGGAACAUGCAGCUCUUCAAAGAGGUCAAAAUCUGAUUGUCUCACUUUGACUUGGAGAGUCAAGGUGACUGCUGAACGAAGAGCCGAGUUUGCAGAUGGAAGACUGAACUGAUGGCAGUAAAGCCAUAAAACCAAAUGUGUUUUGGCUGCAAAAUGCCC